CUUUCCCGGGGUUCUCCACCUUCCUCCCAGCCUUAAGCAGGGCUGGCUGAGCAUUUUACCAACUGCAGCUCCAGGUCCCUUGAUUCCACGGACCCCUUAAAGCAAUGGAACCCAACGGAUCACUCGUGCAGGGGGUGAAGGAGAAUGGUGCUGAUGGCAAUGUCAGUUUGGAGCCCAAGGAACACAGCCCUAGUGCAGUAGGUGUCAAGUCACUUCCGGAUCCUGUUUCUUCAUCUGUUGCUGAAUGUCACCCUUGUGCCUUGUGCAUUUGGAAUCACCCCAAAGGAGAUGCUCCUACCAAUCGUCCUGCUACUGACGCCAAGCUGCGGCCCAGCCUAUCACCUUCCAUGCAAGCCAUCAAUGAUAUUCUGGUAACAAAAAUUAGAAAGAAUGAAAAUCCAAAGGAAAUCGUCCUGCUCUAUCAAAAGGAUGCAGAAUGGAGUUUUUAUCCAAGGCAUGGGCAUCUUCAUACCUAUCAUAAGGGGAAAAAGUGUCAUUUCAAUGGUGUCUUUCGUGCGUACCAGAGAUGUUCAACAGAGAUAUCACUGGACAAAUGCUUUGGGAGAAAAAAAUAUGACAUUGAUCCCAGGAAUGGACUCCCAGAAUUAAAUCCAGGGGACAAGCCAUAUUUACGUCCAGAGGAAUGUCCAGACUUUUUCCAACAUGGAGCAGCUGUAACACCAGUGAAUUUUUCAAGAGUCCCAUAUGUAAAGAAAGUAGAUACAUUUAUUCCUCUGGAACCUCUGCCAAAAGAAUAUCAGUUGAGGUGCCACAUGACACCCAAAUGGAAGGACUGGCUGGCAGUCUGGAAAUAUGGUGGUGUGGGGGCUUAUAGAUUUGAGUCAUCCAUUCAAGAUUCAUUAAGCAAGCAUGCUUGCCUUUUUCUGCAAAGGAGAAGCAAAAGCAAAAAAUGAAUGAAAUAAUGGAAGUGAAAGAACUCAACGACUGGAAGCCAGCAGUUCCCUUAAUGGUUUGGAUGUUCCCCUCCAUACCACUGCCGAAACAAAAAGUGAUAACAAUUUGAGAAGCAUUGGACCCGUUAAGAAUAAAGCUUCUUCGGA